AUGUCGUACUACGGAAACGGCCAGAGCUACUACAACCCCAACAUCCCUCACUCGAGUGGCAGCCCCCAGGGCCAAUAUCAGGACUCAUACACCCGCCCCACUCCCAGUGUUGACAACGGAGAUCAGACGAACGGGGGCGCCGCGGGCUAUGGCUAUGCCCAACCUGCCCGGCGCAACAGCAUGGCCGCCCGCCAGAACGACGAGCUGUUCAUCGGUGACAGCAGCUCCCCGCCGCUGAGCCAGGGUCCAACGUCGCCCACAGUGGGCACGUACAACGCGAGCUACGGCUACUCUUCGCAACCACAGUCGCAGCAGCAGUACAAUCCACAAACCUACAACGCCCAGCCCAUUGCUCUGCCGAACCCCUCGCAGUACGGCGGUGUCAACAGGGUCUUUGCGCCUACCGUCUCGCCCUCGCACCAGCCCUAUGUGCCCGCUGCGUAUGCCGACAACAACCUGGGCCGGAGUGGCACUGUCAGCCAUCCCUAUGGCUUCUCGCCCACCUCGCCCACCGUCUCUUAUCCCUCGCCCAGCACAUACCAGAACCCGCAGUUUGGGCGCGCAGGCCCCAUGCAGGGACGGCCGUCGGCAUAUUCGACCCCAGCAGCCCCAUCCCUGCCCGCGAUAACAGCAGGCAGUACCCAACUACCGUCCGAAGACUGGGGCAACUAUCCAGCCCGACACGCCUCCAACGCCUCAUCGGGCUACUACUCGUCAACCACUUCGCACGCCCCGCUACCCUCUCCGCCAGGCUACGAUACGUGCUAUGCCUCGCAGCCCCGCAACGACCGACUCACCUCUCUCUCCAGCCUCCAUACAAGUCCUCUACCGCCUACGCCAGAGAACCCCGCCCAGACUUCUCCACAGCGCUCGAGCACCGUGUCCUCCCGCCCCCUCCCUCCUCCUCCGCAGGACUCGGACAGUGACGAGUACUUCGUAACAUCCAACGGGCAUACCUACCAGGAUGAUCUCUUUGACGAUGUCAUGAACAUGACGGCAGGCGAUCAGCCGCUUCCGGGUCGUCAAGCCAAUGGUGGACAAUACUACAACAACGAACACCACUCUACCGGCAGGAACGGAGAGCAUGUAAAUGGCAAUCGGCCAGCCCCUUACCCCAUGGACGAGACCUAUACGAGCGACGAGAGUGAUGCAGAAGCAGCUGCUGGAGUGGCUGCACUAAAAAUGGCCGAAGACCAGGAUAGGGCCGACGAAGCCCAUAGACGCAGUGGAGGAAUGGGCUCGUUCGGCACACACUCGUCCUACAUAUCAGCACAGCCUCCAGUAGAUACUAGCCAGCAAGCCUCUGGAAGCGCAAGUGAUAGUGAUUACGUUGGUGUUGACGUGAGCAUGUUUGGAGGUGGCUUCAUGCCCUCUUUCAACUAUGGCGGAAAUCCCAGCCAGCUGGCGGGCGGUAGCCAAGGAGUAUCGACAUCAGGAUCGCAACACCGUUCCGAAGCAGCAAGCGACGACUAUGACCCCAUCCACCCAUUUCCGUCAUUUUCCACGAAUGCACGGGUCGACACAUUUGGAACUGGGGGCUUAGAAGAGCCCAGUGCAAGACGGCGCAGCUACGACGAAGGCGACGAGGUCACCCUCAUGGACACUGCAUCUGCAUUAUCCGGCUCUACUCUCUCUGGCCCCAUGUCUGCGAUGCCUGGUGAGCCUCCAGACAUGUUCUAUCACCCAGGCAUAUCGAAUCGGCCACUUCCACCACCACCGAUGAACACCCACCAUAUUAGUCACCAAAGUACAGGCUCCACAGGCUCCUAUGAAUAUUGGCGCAACGCACCUUCGGCACGCGGCUCAUAUCCGGUCGAUGCCAAUGAUGUUCACAUGGCCUCACCUAGUGGCACACAGGUGCCUCGAUCGACAUCAUUGCUUCAGCAUAGCAACGCUCCCACUGCGAUACCACUUCCUAGAUCAAAGACGGACGCCGAACAAGGGCACAGGAUACGGCAGAAUGCGAACCGAAAUACGUUCUACGGAGGUGCGUUGGAUAGCGAUGGCAACACAAUGACUCCCAACAGCGCAGAAGCAGUAGCGAUUGAUUUGCCUACUCUUCCAGUCGGCAAGCGGUUCAAUCCAGCCAAAUUGUCGACAAACGACUUCAAAAAGUGUACAGAGCCAUGGGCCCUCAGUUCCAUCAUUGCCUGGCUCAAAACAAUGACCGAGGGAGAGAACGAUCUCAAAGAAGGCCCUAUACAAGAUGGGCUCAUCGCUCUCUUCACCCACAAGGUGCCCACCAUGAAUAUAGCUGAUGCUGAAACACUAAGUGCUCGCGUGGUAUCAGAAAUGUACAAAGCAGGUACCCUGGUCCAUGAAGAAGAAUGGUUGAGAUUUUCCACUGCAAGCAUGACUGGUGUCAUCUUUCAGCUCACUGGUGCAGGUUGUUAUGCGCCGAUGCUACAUACACAUGUGAGCCCUGGUCGCUGUUACUCGCAUCAUUGCCAGAGGACGUUGAAGAAGAUUGAUCUGAGUUCGCAAUCCGCUGCUCACAAGCAAGAAGACUGGGUAACAUUCCACAAGCUGAAGAAGGAAGACCUCGAGGGUGCAAACAAGAAGGAAAUUGAGCGCCAGAAUAUCCUUCACGAAAUUGUGCAGGGUGAGGACAAUUAUAUGGAGCGUAUUGAUGUAUGGCGACGCCUGUAUCGAGAUCGGCUCAUCUCUGCGCAACCGCCUGUCAUUCCUCCCAAGAAGCUCAAUCGAUUCAUCAACGAUAUCUUUGGAAAGCUGGAGGCAGUUCGAAAGGCAAAUGAAGAUCAUUUGCUGCCUCAGAUCAAGUAUCGACAACAAGAGCAGGGCCCCUGGAUCGUUGGAUUCAGCGACAUUUUCCGAGAAUGGAUCAGAAAAGCAAAGCAUGCUUACAUUGAGUAUGCUGCAGCAUUUCCGUUUGCGAGUUUCUUAGUACGACAAGAAGCCGACAGAAACAUAUUAUUCCGAUCAUUCCUGGACGAGGCUCAAAAGAACAAGCUAUCAAACAAGCUGGGUUGGGAUACCUAUCUGAAGGGACCCAUUGAUAGGCUACAGCGUUACGGUCUACUCAUCGACACCGUGCUUAAGAACUCAACUGUCGAUAACGAGGAAAAGCGCAACCUGCAAAUCGCAAAGGAGGAGAUCAAGGCUGUGACCCUGGAGUGCGACAGUCGAGUCGCAGAGAUGGGACGAAAAGUCAGUUUGACAGAUUUGCAAGCCAAACUCAUUCUGCGGCCUGGCAUGCAACGGGUGGAACUCAAUCUCGAUCAUCUUGGGCGUGAGCUGAUCUUCCGUGGUGAUUUGCACCGAAUGGGAGGCAGCCGGUUCAACUGGCUCGAAACACAUGCUCUGCUUUUCGACCAUUACCUGGUACUGGCCAAGACCGUAUCGUUUCGUGAAGCAGAUGGAGUGACCAAGUCAGAGAAGUAUGAUGUGUCGAGACUUCCCAUACCUAUGGAUCUGCUUGUGCUAGAAAGCGAAGACGACGACCCAGUUGUGCGCUCCUCUAUGAAAGGUAUUUCGACAGUCACAACAGUCGCAGGACGAGUCUCUGGUGCAAAUCCAAGUCGAGGCAGCAACAGUCCAGGGCCUGGAUCGCUUCAACAUACAAACACCGCGAAUUCUCUAGGGUCCACCAAUACUGGGUCGUCCGGUAAGACAAUGGUCAACACGACAAGCAUUGAUUCCAGCCGAGAUGAAAAAAUAUUGUACCCGUUCAGAGUGAAGCAUCUUGGCAAGGAGACCUACACGCUGUAUGCAUCAUCUGCGCAGAACCGUGCAGAGUGGUGUGACAAGCUCAUCAUCGCGAAGACACGACAUGCGACAGCAUUGUUUGCGCAAAAUGCCGAGCCCUUCCGUCUACGCGUCAUGGCAGAUGCGGCAUUUGCCUAUGAUAGUGCAAUGCCAUCGCAACGUGCCAUCACAAUCAAGGGUACCCCACUGGACCGAGCUGUAGAGGAGGUGGAGAAGCUCUUCGUAAACGUGGGCCGUCCCGUUCCCAUCUGUCGAGCUCGCGUGAAUUGUGCGACUGCAUUCAACCAGCCAUACGGAAAGCACAUGGUCGCUGUUGGUACAGACAUUGGUGUAUACGUCUCUGAGUUUGAUAACCCCAGAGGCUGGUCAAAGGCUAUACAAGUCCCAAGAGUAACGCAAAUUGCUGUCCUCGAGCAGUUUAGCUUGAUGCUGCUUAUAUCAGACAAGUCGUUGAUUGCCUACCACCUGGAUGCCGUAUGCCCUGUGGGUGGUGUUGCACCCAGCAGUGACUCGUCACGCAGAGCACCCCAGAAGCUCUCGGGAGCUCGUGACAUUGGCUUCUUCGCCACCGGUGUUAUGAAGGAUCGAACGCUGGUCUUUUACAAGAAGCGCGAUGGCAUAUCAUCGACCUUUAAAGUUCUUGAACCCGUGUACCAAAAGUCUACUGAGAAGAGGUCGCGCAUGUGGAAAUCGGGGCGCACCGAGUUCUUCCGCGAGUUUGACGAGUUCUACAUUCCAGCGGAUUGCUUUACCAUCAACCUUUUCAACACUACGCUUGCCAUCUCUACCGCAAAGGGCUUCGAGGUCAUGACUCUCGACAAGAAACAACCAUGGUCGGUUCCGGAUUUGAAGCAGCCACACGUCGCUACCAUUGCGUCGCGACUUCAGAACCAAGAUCCACUUGGCAUGUUCCGUCUCUCGGAUCAAGAGUACCUCCUCUGCUACGAAGAGUGCGCCGUGUACAUCAACAAGACGGGCGAAAUCUCGCGGUCCGUCAUCAUGGAGUUUGUGGGCAAAGCAAAACACGCAGCCAUGUAUGGACCGUACGUCUUGCUCUUCGACCCAGACUUUGUCGAGAUCCGCAAUGCGCAGAAUGGGCGCUUGAGGCAGGUGAUUGCGGGACGCGAUGUCAAGUGUCUGGAUGACGGGCUGAGCGGUGGCUCCACCCAUAAUCGCACAAUCAAGUUGAGCCUGCAGCAUCCGCAUCAGGAGAGAUGCCAGGUCGUGGUCGAGCUGGUCUUGAACGAAGGACAGAAGGAGUAA